AUGGUGGAAUCAGAGAGGUUAAAAUUCUUUAGGUGUAAACAACCACAGUUGAGGGUUGAUAAAUACAAAUGUCUGCAUGAAAGUCUUAUAAACGGGGAUGUAGAUGCUGCAAGGCUUGGCAAAAGAAUUAUUCUUCCCAGUACUUUUACCGGUGGACCUAGAUAUGCGGGAUAUCCUAGCUAUUUUAUCACCAUGACCUGUAACCCUGAAUGGGAUGAGAUAAAAAGAGAAGUGACUUCCAUUGGAUUGAAGGCAGAAGACCGUCCUGAUAUAUUGUGUCGAGUUUUCAAGAUCAAGCUUGAUGGUUUGAUCGAUGACCUCAAAGAGGGAAAAAUCUUUGGCAAAAUUUUGGGAUACGUUUGCACUGUAGAGUUUCAAAAGAGAGGGCUUCCGCAUGCACAUAUCCUUUUAUUCAUGAGUAACGAGUUCAAACCACAAACACCAAAUGACAUAGACAAACAUAUAACAACUGAGAUUCCUGAUGAAAAUGAAAGGCCAAAUCUACAUGGAGCUGUUCAAAAUUACAUGCGAACACUCAGUGAUGAGGCCGGAUUUCCCAAAUAUAGGCAUACUGAUAAUGGUCGAACAGUGAAGAAAAGGGAAUGUGUACUAGACAAUAAGUUCAUUGUUCCGUAUAAUCCAGAAUUGUUGCUCAAGUUCGGGUACCACAUAAAUGUAGAAUACACAUGCCAAACAAGUUCUAUUAAGUAUCUGUUUAAGUAUGUACACAAGGGUAAUGACCGCGUAACAGCUACUCUAUACAAUCCUGGUGAUCCGUCAGAAGCCACACAAGUUGUUGACGAAAUUAGGAAUUACUACGAUUGUAGGUACAUUUCGGCAUGUGAGGCAGUCUGGCGUCUAUUUGUAUACGAAAUCCAAGAAAAAGAACCAUUUGUGAUUAGACUUCCAUUCCAUUUGGAGGAUGAGCAACAUGUGGUCUAUGGUGAAACUUCUAAUGUGAAUGAUAUCGUCGAAAGAGCAAUAUCUCAUAAGUCCAUGUUUUUGGGAUGGAUGGCGGCGAACAUGUCAUAUCCCUAUGCUCGAAGUCUGACUUAUGCUGAGUUUCCAACCAAGUUUGUUUGGAAGGAUGAUUCUUCAAAGUGGUUUCCUCGAAAGAAAGGAUUCGCAAUUGGAAGGUUGACUUAUGUACCUGCAGGUAAUGAUGAGUUUAUAUUCAAUUUUGAUCUUACUUAUUUAAUGAUGUAA